AUGCCGCUCCACAUUCCUCUCUCGGCGUACGUAGUGAUCAGCACCCUGAUUUGUACGGCCAUUAGUGGCGGUAUGAACACGGCCAUUAGCUAUGCCCUGUAUGCCGGCAAGGAAGCCGAAACCAUGAUGUUUGCCUUUCCGAGUACCGUGGCGGGAGACGUGGUCUUGACGUGUAUUAUUGGGAGUGUCAUUACCUGGCUGAUUUCGGGACAACUCGCCUUGGGAGAUCUAGGUGAUGCGGGACCCCUGCGCAUUACAGGAUUGCCCUGGAAAAGUGCCGAGGAACUGCCGGGGACGCUGUUGGCCAAAUUGGCCGUGGCGUCGUACCAGCCCAUCUUGGAAAAGAAGGAUGAUGAUAAAGCUAGGACGCAUCCCGUACGAAAUUUUAUGUAUUGCGCCGCCACGGGUGCUCUGGUUGGAUUGGUAUUGUUGGUACCGACCCUCGGCUUGAUUUUUAUUUUGGCAGGAUAUUUUUCCGUAGAACACAACGUGACACCCGACGACGGAGUGAUUUGGG